AUGCUCUAACCUCCCCCCUCCCUCCCACCCCGUGCUUGCUGGCGGCGCCGCCGUCGUUGUUCUUCUACUUGGCCGUCACCAGAAAAAAAGCAGAAAGAAUCCAGAACCUAGAUCUCCGAUGAGCACCCGCCGCCAGUUUGUCAACAUGCUGGUAUCGGACAGCGUGAAGUGCAUGUACACGCUGCGGCGCUUCGACCUGAGCCGCAACCAAUUCUUCCACCCAACAGCAGAAGCAGCCAAAGUGCUGCCUACAUGGUCACCCAAUCAGAACAAGAUGGAAACCCACUCGGUGGCUGCCAAGGAGAAGAAGAAGCUGGUUAGGCCGCCGCCAGCCUUAGUCAACAUGAAGCCGUCGAUCUGCUUGACGAACCCCGAGAUGGAAUUCAAGAUGCAUUGCUAUCCUCUCACUGAAACGAGUCUGUUCACCGACAGCUCCGCGCGAGUCUUCCGCUUCGAUGCUGACACCCGCUGCUUCACAACCAUGCCUAGCCUUCACACCCGCAAGUAUUCCCCCUUGGCCAUCUCCGUCCCGGCCAGUCCCCCGACCACGGCCAUAUCAUACAAAAAUGCAGGCGAAGGCGGAUGCCUCUACAUCAUCGACGGGAUGCUCAAGGCCGGCAAGGGGGUCCAGUUCGAGGCCAUGGUGUACCGCAGCUGCGACAACUUUUUGAACCGCAACAUCGGCAACGCCUGGCACUGCGACGCCCUACCGCUGCCGCCUUACGUCAACAGCAAGGCUUACAAACCUGCCCCCAUCUGCUCCUAUGCCUUGGUGGGUGGCGACACCAUCUGUAUCUCCACCAUGGGCGUCGGCACCUACUGCUUCAACACUGUGGCUCGCGAGUGGUACAAGGCUGGAGACUGGAUGAUGCCCUUCAAUGGCAAGGCUGAGUAUGACCCGGAGCUUGGCCUCUGGUUUGGCGUCUCUGCCACCAACUUCCACCUCCCUUGCGCCGCUGACAUCUCUGGCGUAGUAAAAGGGGAGGAGCCGCCGCCCAAGCAAACGCAGAUAUGGACAGACAUUGACGUGCCAAAGGGGUGGCACCCGCGCCCUAGUCACCCCACCCAAGUCGUCAGUCUGGGCUCCGGCAGGUUCUGCAUCACUGAAUUCUUCCAUACUUUGGCAUAUGCCAGCCCAUUUGACCCCCCGCUCCCUGACGAGACAUUUGCUGUCUUCACUGGCGUGGAGGUAGUGUUGCCUCCUGAUGGCAAUGGGAAGGCCAAAUGCGCUACUAUGAUGAAGCACAAGUCGGUAACUUGCAGGACUCAUGUCGCCAACGUGAUCAAGUCGGUGGUCUGAUUUAUUAUAUAUUCUGCAGCAUAGUGUGCUCUCAGGCCAACUCUACCUGCUUUAUCCUUUUUUCUUCAUGUACUCUACUAUCUAUUGUGAGAGACCGCAUGUAUGUUGGGACUUAAGUUUAUAUGUAUAGCCUUGCUGCUCUAUAUUUGAAUAAUCUCAGGGCAGUGAACCUAUGUAUGAGGCUAGUGUAGCAUGAGUUGUCCCUGAUGUUAUUGUGGUGCAUAUCCAGCUUGUAUCAAAUUUGCUGCCGAGCAACUAAUUGAGACACAUGUUUGAUGAGAA